GCUGCUGGCAUUCCGUUCGCUUGCCGCUUGCUUCGUAAACAAACCGUGCGCUGCCCACCGUAGUGACUGAAAUUUUGUAAUAUUUGGUGCAAAGAAGAAGGUGCAAGAAAUGCGACGACGGGCCGGCGUUGGUGCGAUCCAGAAGCAGCGCCUCGAGGCGGAGAAGUACAAGGACAAGGGUACCGAGCUGCAGGAGUCCCAGUUCGAGCAGAUGGUGAAGCAGAUGGAAGCGCUGAAGGAGAACCUGGAAGAGUUCGCGUCCAAGCACCGGAGCGAGAUCAAGAAGAACCCCCAGUUCCGGCGCCAGUUCCAGGAGAUGUGUGCCGCGAUCGGGGUGGAUCCGCUCGCGUCGGCCAAAGGCUUCUGGAGCGUGCUCGGGAUGGGCGAUUUCUUCUACGAGCUGAGCGUACAGGUGGUGGAGGUCUGUCUGGCCCACAACCACAUAACAGGUGGCCUGAUGGAUCUGGACGAGCUGCGCAAUCGGCUGGUGGCGGCCCGCGGCAAGAGCCAAACUCACCAGGAAAUCACGACCGAAGACAUUCUGAUGGCGACGAAGAAGCUGAAAAUAUUCGGCAACGGCUUCACCGUGUACUCGGUCGGGAAGAACCGGCACAUGGUGCAGUCCAUCCCGGGCGAGCUCAGCCUACAGGAGACGACGGUGCUGAGUGCGGCCACGAACCAGGGGCAAGGGUUCGUGACGGUCGCCUCGCUCAUGAGCGAUCUUGGAUGGACGCAGGCGCGUGCGGAACAGGCGGUGGAGAAAAUGCUCGGUGAAGGGAUGGCAUGGAUCGAUACGCAAGGGGAGGAGAAGUCGUACUGGUUCCCGAGUCUGUUCCCGGGACGCCUAACGGCCAAAGUUUGAGGCGGUAGGAGCCGUAAUGUCUAUACGCAAAAGGGUGAUUAAUUUUUGUAUAGGUUAAUUCAAAACUAGGUGCCGGUGCGUUGCCAUCAGUAACCAUAAUAGAUUAUAUUGAUCAAACCUAGGGCUACAAUUUAUGCUUUAUUGCAGUAUUUGUCAGAGAUUCUCCUACUUGAAGCAGAUACCACACUAACGGAAAGCGUUGGAAGCUAACCGAAACUACUGCUAGCUUGUCCAUGCCUUCUACUCUUUGUCAUGUUGCAGAGCCAAAUCUAUUCUGAAGCUGAAAUCGGUUCCGAAUUCAUUGUAGGACUGACCUUCAUCGAGUGUCUGAGCCUUAAUUCAUCUCCAGCUUUGUUUCUGAUACUCAAAGUGAUACAGGGUAGUAGUCAAAGUAUUAAUGAGCGAAAUAAGAAAGCUGAUUUUGUUUGAAUGCAAUACGAUGAUGAAAUACAAUCUUAAUGCUAUUAAUGUUUCAAUACAGAGCAUUCAAAAUCUGA